CUCAUGCAGAGUUUACCGUCUACCAAGAGACGUCGACUGGAAUUAAAAGCCGCCAGAUUGUCUAAAGAAGCAGCGAGGAAUGUUCUAGAAGGACAAUCAUACAAGUCAGAUAUUGGUCUUGAGGAGGAUGUUGAUCUUGAUAACAUUGAUCCAGAGCCCCUUAUGAUUUCUCCAGAGAGCAGCUGCUUCAUGUAUUUUGAUUUAGAAACUACCGGACUUAGUAGAACAUCUGGCAUCAUACAGAUUGCUGCAGUUUGUGAAGAUAGGUCAAUCAAUGUUUAUCUGAACCCCAGUGUACCAAUCUGUAAGGAAGCAUCGGCUGCAACAGGUCUCAGAUAUGACAUGGGACAGCUCACUCUUCAUGGAGAACCUGUGCCUUCAACGAGUCAAGUCCAUGGUUUGACUCAGUUUGUAGACUUUGUUAGAGAUUGUGAAUCAAAACCAGUCAUUGUUGGACACAAUAUUCAAAACUUUGAUCUUCCAAUUCUCCAAUAUCAUUUGCAGAGACAUGGUUUACUUAAAUAAUUUGUUGAAAAUGUUGUAGGUUUUUUAGAUACAUAUAAACUUGCAAAGAAAGUUUUCGACAAGAAAACAAUGGGGAAUUUUAAGCAAGAAACCUUAGUCAGAUUGUGUCUUGGGAAAAGUUAUGAUGCACACAAUGCUCUAUCUGAUGUUUGUAGUUUACGCGAACUGUACGAGUCAAAUUUAGCAUUCAAAUGUGAAGGUUCAGAUAUAUUUACCAUGAAUUAUUACAGUGUAAAGUCCUCAUUAGUUCCAUUGGUACAAGGCAAUAUAGUAUCUACACUGAUCUCUAACAGGCUUACAGCUAACAAUCUAAGCCUAAACAAGCUUAAACUUAUACAUAAGCGUGACCCCCAUAGUGGGAUUCAGACUGUCUUUAGUGAGGUUGUAUCUGGUUCAAAGACACCAAGAAUAACAAAGUCGCAGAAAAUCAUUGGCAAAGUUGUUGAGUAUUUGAACUCGUUAUAGUUCGAAAUAAGUACAUGUAUUUUUAUACAACAAAAUUAUAUGUUUAUGAGCUAUACUUGCUAGAAUCUACAUAUAUUUUUUGUUACACUACAUCAGUUCUUUUAAUAUGUAUGAGAUUAUAAAUUGUAAAAAGAGUUUUGUACUUGUAUGGGAAAAAAUGUUAAACAGGGAAGGGUCCCCCCCCCCAAAAACUAUAUGUGUUCUAAGUGUUUAGAAGGACCAAAAUUUCAGUAUUUUUUAAUAUUCCAUUUGUAUUUCAUUCUGAGAAUAGAUCUAUUUGUUACAUUUUAAUAUUUUUCAAAGUUUGUAAAAUAUAAUGGUAAAAUAUGCUAUUACCGAAAUGGGGGUAGGGGUAUUCAAGAUAUGAUUUAAUAAAAUAUCUCUGGUCAACCAUGAUAAAAUAUGUGUUUUUGGUAACCUUAGAUAUUAUUCUAGAUAUUUUUAAAGAAAAACUGGCAUGUAAACAAUAUAAAUUUUGGAAUUUUUCAAAAUAACGCUAUUAUGUGGGUUUUUUUCUGAUGGAUGUGAGCAAUAUAAAUGUUAAAUGUUACAUGUUUUUAAUUGAAUUGCUCAAACAAUUCUCUUUGUAAUUGAUUAUCUAUUAGAUUGGAUGGAUUAUAGCACAAAACAUUGUGCUUUGCUGCAUACUUGAAUAAAAUAUGAAAUGUUUUCUUCUUGUGUUAAAAAUUGGCAUUUGAAGUUUGGGGUAUAUGUGCUCUCUAGCACGUAGUAUGAAAAUAAUCCUGCAAAGGUACAUGUUUUAUGGGUUUUUUUGUUGGUUAAAGAGUUGUUUCAGUUAUUAGAGAGAAAAAAUAAA